AUGAAUAACGUGGGUCAGUUUGGCCUCUCUUUCGACUCGUGGGACGUGAGUGGCAGUUCCAAAAGUAGACUCUGUGAUGAGCAGGUCUGGUCUCGAAGGAGGGAGCUCCGCCGAACUCAAGUGUCUGUCCUCUUCCCGCGAGUAAUCACCUGUAAAGAGAAACUUGAGGCCUCCGAGCUCGACAAAGAACAUUGCGGCUCCCAGCACAUGGCCGGCAUGGUAUGCGGUAAAUCUGAUACCCUCCACCUCGAUGGUGGAAUGAUAGUCGAUGGUUUCAAUUCUGUCGAGCGACUCGUUGAGGUCCUCGUCGGUGUAGAGGAAAUUGGCCGAGUUUUCGUCGUUGUCGUCGGCAAUGCUUGUAACUCUGACAAAGUCGUUCAACAGCCAUUUAUAGAUUGCCUUUGUGGGAUACGUCAUGAACACUCUACCUUUAAAGUUUGUGUGCUGCAUCACGUAUGGCAGCGAGGCCGCGUGGUCGAGGUGGAAAUGACUAAUCAACAAGACGUCUACUUUGGAGAGGUCGAAGUCGUCGUAGAAGGGCAACGACUCUGCCCCAGAAAACGCCGGGUGAACGCCCGCGUCCAGCAUCACCACCUUUCCCUUAUACUCGACAAUGUGGCAGGAGCGGCCGACUUCGUUUCCUCCGCCCAAACAGUAAAAGUUCAACUCUUCGGACAUGGUUGA